AUGGCGACGGAGGAGAACAAUGAGGUUAAGGCCACCCAGCGCAAAAGCCGCGAUGGGCCCAAUUUGGGGCCAUAUGACCCCAAGAGAUCAUGGGAAAGCUACCGUGAGAGGCUAGAGAUUUGGUUUGAGAUGAAUGAUAUCACCAAGGACUCCAAGAAGAGAGGAUAUUUGCUUACGGAGAUUGGUGAUGAUGUCUACGAGACUCUGAAAGGACUUGUGAUGCCAAAGAAGAUCCUGGACAAAACCUACGAGGCAUUGGUCGCAGUGAUAAAUGAGCAUUAUGGGCCAGAAAAGAAUGUAAUUAUGGAGAGAUACAACUUUAUGAAGAGAGUUCAGAAGCCCGGAGAAAGCGUAUCUGAGUUUAUUGCCGAAAUUUCCAAACUCAGUCAGCAUUGCCAAUUCCAGGAAUUGGAGAAUAUGCUACGCGAUCGUAUUGUUUGUGGGAUAUUGAACGAGGGAUUGAGAAAGAAGUUGCUCUCUGAGAAGAAGCUUACCUACAAGACGGCAUGUGAGAUGGCACGCGCUGAUGAAACCGCGACCAAAGGUGUUGAAGAAAUGAAAGCGGAAGUUCCUACAGCAAAUGAGGGACCUGUAGUAGCCAAGAUUUCUCAAAAGACGUGUUAUAGAUGCAAGAAGAAGCAUGAUGCAGCUGACUGUUGGUUCAAAGAUAAGGAUUGCCGGAAGUGUGGCAAGAUUGGACACAGUGCGGCAGCUUGUCGUAGCAAGGAGACAAAGCAAAAGAAGGUAAAUGCCGUGGAAGAACCUGAAGAGUCAACUGAAGGGGAAUUGGCCUCAAUUAAUCUGAUUGGAAAGGCUGGCCAUAAAGUGGAAUUGCAGAUUGAAGGGCGGAAGAUCUGCAUGGAGAUAGACUCUGGCGCAUCGAACACAGUGAUGUGCUGGGAUCAAUGGAAGACCCUCAAGGUUCCAGCAAAGUUGAAGUCUUCAAAUCUCAAAUUGCAGACUUGGCUAAAGAGAGGAGUGGAGAUUGUAGGACAAGCGGUGGUUCUUGUGAAGUUGGCGGAUAAGACUGUAAAUUUGCCACUAAUAAUCACCAAGUCCGGCGGAAACUCUCUUUUGGGUCGAAAUUGGUUCCAACCGUUGGGAAUUUUCAUUCAUAUUCCAAUGAUUAAUGCGAUUGAGGAAAAUAAAGUAGAGGGGUUGUUGCAAAAGUAUCAAAGCGUUUUCCGGGAUGAAUUGGGAUCACACUCUGAGAUGAAAGUCAGUCUUCAAUUGAUUGAGGGGACCCAACCGGUGUUUUUGAAGCAACGAACCGUGCCUUUUGCUCGACGAGAAGCGGUUGAAGAAGAGAUUGACCGGCUUGUUAGCCAAGGAGUGCUGGAGCCAGUGCAAUUCUCUGAAUGGGCUACUCCAAUUGUCACAGUACGAAAGCCAGAUGGAUCGAUCAGGAUUUGUGGGGAUUAUAGGGCUACUGUAAAUCCAGCUACCAAGACGAAUGCAUACCCACUACCCACAGUAGAUGAAUUGUUGGCAGGAGCUUCGGGUAAGAUUUUCUCUAAAAUUGAUUUGACACAGGCUUACCAACAAUUGCUGGUUGAUGAUAAGACAGCAGAAAUUCUCACAAUAAACACACACAAGGGCCUGUUUCGAGUGAAGAGAAUGCCAUUCGGUAUAUCUGCUGCUCCAGGGAUUUUCCAGAAGUUUAUGGAGACGUUGUUGGCAGGUAUACCGGGCACGCAAGUGUAUCUCGAUGAUAUCCUUGUGGUGGCCCAGAAUGAAAAGGAGCACAGUGAAAGGAUUGAAAAGGUCCUACAGAAGUUGCAGAAGGCAAAUCUGACGGUAAAGAAGGAAAAGUGUCGGUUUGGUGUCAAAGAACUCGAGUUUGUGGGGUACAAAAUCGAUGAUCAAGGAAUUCAUCCCACACGAGAUCAUGUGAAGGACAUAGUUCAGACACCACCACCUCAGAAUAAGACAGAGCUGAAAGCAUUUCUGGGCAUCAUAAACUUCUAUGGGAGGUUUAUAAAAGACAGGGCGUCAGUGGCAGAAUGUCUGCAUCGGCUACUGGAUGAUGGAGCCGAAUGGAAGUGGAAAGUUGAACAUCAACGAGCCAUGGAUGAGUUGAAGAAAGAGCUAAGGUCAGAGGCCGUAUUGAUACAUUAUCGUAUGGAUCUACCACUGAUCUUGUGUUGUGAUAGCUCACCUUACGGCGUAGGUGCAGUCUUGGGUCAUGAGACACCAGAAGGAGAGAAGCCAAUUGCCUAUUUUUCACGAACGAUGAACGACACCCAGAGAAGAUAUGGACAGAUAGACAAAGAGGCGCUUUCAAUCAUCACCGCAGAUGACAAGAUGGUGCUUGACGUUGGCAUCAUAUGA